UUGAAGUCUGAUCAUUCAGUCAUUAUCUUCGCACCCUGGUGACGGUGAGUGAAGGACAGUUUUAUCACGCUGAUGUGGUCUGGUGUGUGCGUGAGAAGUGAUUUUAUUCCCAUGGCGUGGAAAGAUCGAGGGGGGCAUCCAGCUUCGGCGUGGUUAGCGCUGCUCGUGAUACUAUUAAACUCUUUUUGUCACUGCAAUGCAUUAACGCUAACAAGCUCAUCAAAAUCAUCCACGGUGGUGGCCCCCAAUACGAACAAUGGUAAUGAGGAGCCAUCUAGACCUACAGGGGAUAUGCGAUAUGGAAGACUUAUACUUGGACGUAAUAUCCAACCCAACAAGGAGGGUCUUGAUACUGUUGAACAUACUGUUCCUAAAGUCAAGUUCUCCAACGGAUCUUCGGAUGAUGACUACCAGUCUGAUAUGAAUUGGGGUUGGAAUGAAUCGGAGCGCACGGAACGUGAAGCUGAUGGCUUGGCUAGCUCAAAUAGGGCAGCGGUGGAGCGUCUACUGAAGAUGGAACCAAGGGUCGAAUGUGUAGGAGACUCCAUGAAACUAAAGGUCCAUGACACAGGCUCCAAACCAGGGUCUCUCUUUUUUGUGAACCGAGGGAUGCUUCAGUCUCCGCUGCCAUUGUCAAAUUUGCCCCAAAGCUGUGGUCAUUCCUUGCAAGGAACUCCGAGGGAUUGGAUUUUUCGUGCUCCCUAUGAUGGGUGUUAUGUUACUCGGGAGAAUGAUUAUUACAUUUUCCCUUUGCUUUGGUUGGGGUUGCCAUUGAAAAUGUCUUGCCCUGCUGAAAAGCCAUCUAAUGCCAACCCGCCUACAGUUUCUUGCUACCCAGAGGGCAUGGUAGUCAAAAUACAUGACACCUCUGCCAAGGAGCUACAAGUGAAGUUCAAGGAGCAGUGGCAGUCAUUGAUGAGGGUUUCAUCACAUUGUGGGUACAGUGUUGUAACACACCCAGAUGGUCUGGUCAUAUCUGCUUGCUAUGAACCCUGUGUGGAACCUAUGGAUGGCAUGUUCACUUUAGAACUUGCUGGAAGGGAGGGUGAGAUUAAAUUGUCUUGCCCAUAUCUGCCGGUUUCUGAUGUUGAGCCAACUGAUCCACAACCGUUACCCUGCCUAUCAGAGACUUCCAACAAGCCGUGCUUGACCACUCCAACACCGGGGAAAGUCUACCAGAAGCCCAAACACCCUUCUAAGGUUGUGGACCCUGGGUUGCCCACUGAGCCAAAGUUGAUCCCUCAUCCAGUCCCUCCCACCCCAGUGCAGCCUUCUCUACCCCCCAAAAAGCAAGCUACGCAGCAUCCUUUCUACCCAAAGCCUGCUGAGAAGCCACAUUCUGUAACUCUGUCUCCUUGGAAGCCUCAGCAUUACUUUCCCUUCCACCCUCAUCCAGCUAAGCCUGUAACUCCUCCCCCUGAAGACCGUAGUCUUGGUACUGAAGAACCUCUGGUUCCUUGGUACCCAGAUCAUGUUUACCCUUGGCCAGGCAAGCCUGUAACUCCUCCCCCUGAAGACCCUAUUCUUGGUACUGAAGAACCUCUGGUUCCUUGGUACCCAGAUCAUGUUUACCCUCGGCCAGGCAAGCCUUUUACUCCUCCCCUUGAAGAUGACGUUCCUGAAAAACCUCAGGUUCCUUGGUAUCCAGAUCACUACCACCCUCAGCCAGGCAAGCCUGUAACUCCUCCCCCUGAAGACAAGGUUCCUGAAAAACCUCAGGUUCCUUGGUAUCCAGAUCACUACUACCCCCAGCCAAGAAAGCCUGUAACUCCUCCCCCUGAAGACAAGGUUCCUGAAAAACCUCAGGUUCCUUGGUAUCCAGAUCACUACUACCCCCAGCCAAGAAAGCCUGUAACUCCUCCCCCUGAAGACAAGGUUCCUGAAAAACCUCAGGUUCCUUGGUAUCCAGAUCACUACUACCCCCAGCCAAGAAAGCCUGUAACUCCUCCCCCUGAAGACAAUGUUCCUGAAAAACCUCAGGUUCCUUGGUAUCCAGAUCACUACCACCCUCAGCCAGGCACGCCUGUUACUCCUCCCCUUGAAGAUGAUGUUCCUGAAAAACCUCAGGUUCCUUGGUAUCCAGAUCACUACUACCCUCAGCCAAGAAAGCCUGUAACUCCUCCCCCAGAAGACAAGGUUCCUGAAAAACCUCAGGUUCCUUGGUAUCCAGAUCAAUACCACCCUCAGCCAGGCAAGCCUAUAACUCCUCCCCCUGAAGACAAGGUUCCUGAAAAACCUCAGGUUCCUUGGUAUCCAGAUCACUACUACCCCCAGCCAAGAAAGCCUGAAACUCCUCCCCCUGAAGACAAGGUUCCUGAAAAACCUCAGGUUCCUUGGUAUCCAGAUCACUACCACCCUCAGCCAGGCACACCUGUCACUCCUCCCCUUGAAGAUGACGUUCCUGAAAAACCUCAGGUUCCUUGGUAUCCAGAUCACUACCACUCUCAGCCAAGAAGGCCUGUAACUCCUCCCCCUGAAGACAAUGUUCCUGAAAAACCUCAGGUUCCUUGGUAUCCCGAUCACUACUACCCUCAGCCAAGAAAGCCUGUAACUCCUCCCCCAGAAGACAAGGUUCCUGAAAAACCUCAGGUUCCUCUGUAUCCAGAUCACUACCACCCCCAGCCAAGAAAGCCUGUAACUCCUCCCCCAGAAGACAAGGUUCCUAAAAAACCUCAGGUUCCUCUGUAUCCAGAUCAAUACCACCCUCAGCCAGGCAAGCCUGUAAGUCCUCCCCCUGAAGACAAGGUUCCUGAAAAACCUCAGGUUCCUUGGUAUCCAGAUCACUACUACCCCCAGCCAGGCACGCCUGUAACUCCUCCCCCUGAAGACAAGGUUCCUGAAAAACCUCAGGUUCCUUGGUAUCCAGAUCACUACUACCCCCAGCCAAGAAAGCCUGUAACUCCUCCCCCAGAAGACAAUGUUCCUGAAAAACCUCAGGUUCCUUGGUAUCCAGAUCACUUCCACCCUCAGCCAGGCAAGCCUGUAACGCAACCUUUUGAAGACCACAAUCCUGAAAAACCUCACCUACCCAGGCAUGCCACACAUCCUCAUUUCACUCCAGUGCCAACUCCUGCUGUAGAUCCCCCUCCAGCAAAUAAAAUUAUUCCACCUACUGAAGUUCCCCUGGGCUAUGUAAAACCUCCCCACUACCCUGUACUUGAAACCAGUCCGACUACCCGACUCCAGCCACCCCGGCCUGUUGAUUGUCCUACCAUCUGCCCUACGGGUUUUUUGAACUGCUGCCCUGCUAACCAACCUCAUCUGACAAAUGUCCCUUACCCACCCCGUCCUGCGGAUUGUCCUACCAUUUGUCCUACUGGUUUCUCGAAUUGCUGCCCCGCACCUAUAUCUUUCCAUCAUCAUCACCACAACCAUUUUGGCCCUGCCAUAUCCAAGGAUAAUGGUAUUGUUCCCAUUUACCCUUUUAAACAGUUAUCUGACUUGCUAAAAUACACAUCGGUUCCUGUCCCUGGACCAACCCCAACCACUAUAACUCCUCUAACUGGUACAGACCAGACCAUAGACCCCACUAAAAGUUCCUUGAGUUUCCAUGAUUUCUGGAUUCGGCAUAGACUUGGGUUUCCUGCUGCCUCAGAUCCAAAUGACUUAGUGCCAUACUCAGACUUGAAAAAGCCCACUGAAUUGGAAGCACCAGCAGAUUCAGCGCUACAGGUUCAGCCCUACAACACACAGCAGUCAAUUCACCGAUAUAAUUUGAACAAUCAUCCAAAUGGCCAAACACCUUCCAGUAGCUCCAACAAGCCAACUGAAAAGCAGCCACAGAUACAGCCAUAUCUGCCCUAUAAUACCCAGCGGUUUAUGCACCUAUAUAAUCCACAACGGCUUAUGUACCCUGAUCAUAUGCCCUACAGUUCACAACAGUCCCAUCGCAAAGCAUUUCCUACCCCUAACAAACCAUCUGAAUCUCAAGUAUUUUCUAGUGACCCCAACAGGCAUUUGAAACCUCAACCUCCAAAGCAGCAGCAUUUCAGACCUCCGCCUCAGGAUGACCCUGGCAUGCUUUACACAUCUGAACCUUUGGAACCAGACCACCAAACCAGUCAGUCUGAAUCUCCAUUACAGAGGCGUGGCAAACCAAAUAAUGCUCAAGAGCAACCACAUGGCAAGCCUAAGCCACCAAAACUAGUACAAGAACUGGGUGGUUCUCAUCCAAGUAAUUCAGAAAGUCUUACUAACCUUCAACAACCAGUUUCCUCUGACCCACAAAUGCCUAGUUACGUGUCCUCCUUGCCAAUAUAUUAUGCUGGUUCCAAACCAUUCUACCCCAGGAAGUCUCCAGCCAAGCCGCCUCUUGAACUGUCCAGACAUGACGUCCCAGAGUCAUUAACACAUUAUUGGAAUCCCAUCAUGCCACUCCCAGCUAAUCAGAAGCUAAAUGCAUUUACCCCCUCCCAACCCACUGGAAGUCAAGACCGUGCUGCAAACCAACUAAAUGCAAAUGUGAAUCGUCCUAUCAAUGCCAACAAUGGGGCUGGUCACCAGAAGCGGUCAACUUCUUGAUGUUUUCCCAAUAAAGUGUUGGAAACUUG